UCGUGCACUGUGUCUGUCUGGGUGAGAUUAUCAGUACUCUCAUUCUCUCUGUUCUUCUCGCCCAAAUUUCGGUUUCAGGUUCUACAGCAACUUUACCUUACUUGGCUGCUCUGGAUCCCGAUAUCUCUUGAAUAUGAGUAGCUUGGUCGAGAGGCUCCGUGUUAGAUCAGAUCGAAGGCCUGUUUAUCAUUUAGAUGAAUCAGACGAUGACGCUGAUUUUGUGCAAGGGAAACCUAGGGCCACUCAGGAAAAGUUUGAAAGAAUAGUUAGGGAUGAUGCGAAAGAUGAUUCAUGUCAAGCCUGUGGAGAAAGUGAGAAUCUUAUGAGCUGUGAUACAUGUACUUAUGUAUACCAUCCUAAAUGUUUACUUCCACCCCUAAAAGCUCCUCCUCCUGGCAGCUGGAGGUGCCCAGAAUGUGUUAGCCCACUGAAUGAUAUUGACAAAAUAUUGGACUGUGAGAUGCGUCCUACGGUAGCUGAUGAUAGUGAUGCCUCUAAGCUAGGCUCAAAGCAAAUUUUUGUGAAACAGUAUCUUGUGAAGUGGAAGGGACUAUCUUAUCUGCACUGCACUUGGGUACCUGAAAAAGAGUUCUUAAAAGCUUUCAAGUCACAUCCUCGUCUGAAGACUAAAGUAAACAACUUCAACCGCCAAUCAAACAGUAAUACCGAGGAAGACUUUGUUGCCAUUCGACCUGAGUGGACUACUGUUGAUCGGAUUCUUGCCUGCAGGGGCGACGAUGAUGGGAAGGAAUACCUUGUGAAAUAUAAAGAACUUUCUUAUGAUGAGUGUUAUUGGGAAUUUGAAUCAGAUAUAUCCGCAUUUCAACCUGAAAUUGAAAAAUUUAAUAAAAUUCAAUCAAGGUCUUCCAAAAUUUCUUCCAAUAAACAGAAGAACACCCCUCGAGAUGGUGCCGAGUCCAUGAAGAAAUCAAAAGAAUUUCAACAUUAUGAACACAGCCCUGAAUUUCUUUCUGGAGGCUCACUACAUCCUUAUCAGCUUGAAGGGCUGAACUUCUUGCGUUUCUCUUGGUCCAAACAAACGCAUGUGAUACUUGCUGAUGAGAUGGGUCUUGGCAAAACUAUACAGAGUAUUGCUUUUUUGGGUUCUCUUUUUGAGGAGGGAAUCUCGCCACAUUUAGUCAUAGCUCCACUUUCAACACUUCGAAACUGGGAACGUGAAUUUGCAACUUGGGCUCCACAAUUGAAUGUCGUCAUGUAUGUUGGUUCUGCCCAAGCUCGUGCUGUUAUAAGGGAGUAUGAAUUUUACUUUCCCAAAAACCAUAAGAAGAUCAAGAAAAAGAAAUCUGGUCAAAUUGUUAGUGAAAGCAAGCAGGAUCGAAUAAAGUUUGAUGUCCUCUUAACAUCAUAUGAGAUGGUUAACUUGGACACUGCAUCUUUGAGACCAAUCAAGUGGGAAUGCAUGAUUGUUGAUGAAGGUCAUCGUCUGAAAAAUAAGGAUUCAAAAUUGUUUUCUUCAUUGAAACAAUAUUCAAGUAGACAUCGCACCCUCUUAACUGGAACUCCUCUUCAGAACAAUUUGGAUGAACUUUUUAUGCUCAUGCACUUCCUUGAUGCUGGAAAGUUUGGAAGUCUGGAGGAGUUUCAGGAAGAGUUUAAGGAUAUCAAUCAAGAGGAACAGAUUUCAAGACUUCAUAAAAUGCUGGCUCCCCAUCUUCUUAGGAGAGUGAAGAAAGAUGUCAUGAAGGAUUUGCCUCCUAAGAAGGAACUUAUUUUACGUAUUGAAUUAAGUAGCAAGCAGAAGGAAUAUUACAAGGCCAUUCUGACUCGUAACUAUCAAAUACUAACCCGACGUGGUGGUGCACAGAUUUCUCUUAUCAACGUUGUUAUGGAGUUGCGCAAGCUCUGUUGUCAUCCUUAUAUGUUGGAAGGAGUUGAACCAGAUAUAGAAGAUACAAAUGAAUCUUUUAGACAGCUUUUGGAAUCUUCUGGGAAAUUGCAACUCUUGGACAAAAUGAUGGUGAGACUGAAAGAGCAGGGACAUAGAGUUCUCAUAUACUCACAGUUUCAGCACAUGUUGGACUUACUAGAAGAUUACUUAACUUAUAAGAAAUGGCAGUAUGAGCGGAUAGAUGGCAAAGUUGGCGGAGCUGAGAGACAGAUACGCAUAGAUCGAUUUAAUGCCAAAAAUUCAUCCAGAUUUUGUUUUCUGCUAUCUACUAGAGCUGGGGGCUUGGGAAUUAAUCUUGCUACUGCUGACACAGUUAUUAUAUAUGACAGUGACUGGAAUCCUCAUGCUGAUCUACAAGCAAUGGCUAGAGCUCAUCGACUUGGGCAGACCAACAAGGUAAUGAUUUUUAGGCUCAUAACUCGAGGAACCAUUGAAGAAAGGAUGAUGCAGAUGACUAAGAAGAAAAUGGUUUUAGAACAUCUCGUUGUUGGGAGGCUUAAGGCUCAAAACAUUAAUCAGGAAGAGUUAGACGACAUCAUCAGGUAUGGCUCAAAGGAACUAUUUGCUGAUGAGAAUGAUGAAGCAGGAAAAUCCCGCCAAAUUCAUUAUGAUGAUGCUGCUAUAGAAAGGUUACUUGACCGUGAACAAGUUGGAGAUGAAGAGGCUCUGGUGGACGAUGAAGAGGAAGAUGGAUUUUUGAAGGCUUUCAAGGUGGCAAAUUUUGAAUAUAUUGAGGAAGCGGAGGCUGUAGCAGAGGAGGAGGCUCAAAAGUCAGCCAUGGAAAAUAAAUCUACCCCAAGCAAUUCUGAAAGAUCAAAUUACUGGGAAGAGUUGUUGAGAGACCGAUACGAAGUGCAUAAAGUGGAAGAGUUCAAUGCUCUGGGCAAAGGAAAGAGAAGUCGUAAGCAGAUGGUAUCUGUAGAAGACGACGACCUAGCUGGUCUGGAAGAUGUAAGCUCUGAUGGUGAGGAUGAUAACUAUGAAGCUGACUUAACUGAUGGUGAUGCAACAUCCACUGGAGCUCAACCUGGCAGAAGGCCAAACAGAAAGAAAUCUCGUGUCGAUAGUAUGGAACCGAUUCCUUUGAUGGAAGGUGAAGGAAGGUCGUUUAGGGUGUUGGGUUUCAGUCAAAACCAGAGGGCUGCUUUUGUACAAAUUUUGAUGAGAUUUGGAGUUGGGGAUUUUGAUUGGAAGGAAUUUGCAGCUCGCUUAAAACAGAAGAGCUAUGAAGAAAUAAGAGACUAUGGGGUUCUUUUCUUGACCCACAUUGCUGAAGAUAUAACCGACUCUCCGACCUUCUCAGAUGGUGUUCCAAAAGAAGGACUUAGAAUUCAAGAUGUACUUGUCAGGAUAGCGGUCUUGCUUUUGAUUAGGGAUAAGGUUAAACUUUCGUCGGAAAAGCCAGGCACUCCUCUUUUUGCAGAUGACAUUGUCUUGCGCUACCCAGGACUGAAGGGUGGAAAAUUUUGGAAAGAGGAACAUGAUUCAUUAUUACUGGGUGCCGUACUGAAGCAUGGGUAUGGAAGAUGGCAAGCUAUUGUGGAUGACAAGGACCUGAGGGUUCAGGAGGUCAUCUGUCAAGAGUUGAAUCUCCCUUUCAUAAAUCUACCCGUCCCUGGACAAUCAAGUUCUCAAUCACAAAAUGGUGCUAAUACAUCCAACACAGAAACACUCGGUAACCAAACUCAGGGAAAUGGCACUGGGAAUGAUUCAGCAGCUGAUGGUGUCCAAGGAACGACUGAUGCUGCAAACCAAUCACAACAAUAUCAAGAUUCUUCCAUACUAUAUCAUUUUAGAGAUAUGCAGAGAAGACAGGUUGAGUUUAUCAAGAAAAGGGUGCUGCUUUUGGAGAAAGGCCUUAAUGCAGAGUACCAGAAAGAAUACUAUGGUGAUAUAAAAUCAAAUGAGAUCCCAAGUGAAGAGCCCGAGAGCGAACAAAAGACUACAGACAAACCAAGUCCAAGCUCUGUUGAGAUUGAUGCCCAGAUUGCUGAUCAAUUACCUCAAAUAGAGGCAAUUACACCUGAAGAAAUAUCAGCAGCUGUCUGUGAUGGAGAUCCAGAUCGAUUGGAAUUGGCUCGGCUAUAUAAUGAGAUGUGCAAGGUACUAGAUGAAAAUGUUGAUGUAGUCAAGACAUCCGCUACAAAUGAGUCAGCAAGUCUCAAAUUGAAGACAGGCCUUCAACCGCUUGAAACCAUUUGUGAAGAUGUUAGUCGGCUUCUCUCCUCUGCAGAGCAGAAGCCUCCUUUGGACCAGCAAAUGCCAAACUCAGCUGAAAAGUCGCAGGCUGAAACUCAUAGCACUGUUGCAGAUCCGAGUUCAGUACCCAUGCAAAAAGAUAAGGAGGCUGAUACCGUGGUGGAAAUUGAGAUGAAGACUGCAACAGAAACCAGCCCGACAAAGGUUAACGAUAAACUGAUGGAGUCUCACCCAGACCCAGCAAUAGAAAGUAAUAAAUCAUUUAACAAUCCUACUCCUGCAGACGUAGAUUCAUCUCCGGCAGAUGCUACAAAUUCGUCGGGGAUAAUUGGAACUGACAUCGAAAUGGAAGAAGCUAAGAAUCAUGGUGAUGGUGACACCAAAACUGAUGAUGGGAACACAGAGAAACCGGAGCCAGGGGUCAUCGUUUUGGAUGAUUAAAUUUAUACAAACAUCGUUUCUUACUUAGGCAUACAGUUUAGUUGCUUAGUUACAGGACUUUUUUCUUGUAGCAGACGAGUUACAAGAAUCAAGAAAAGGUAAACUCAGUGAACAGUAAUUUCUUGGGACGUUGUUGAUCAAGUUUAAGAUCUCAUUUCAUUUAAAGAACCAUCAGCAGUCGUAAUGAUUGCUAGGCUAUUUUCAUUAAA